AUGAGGGAGGCCACAGGCGAGGCGGCUCGCGCCCGAAUCGCUCUCAGCGCGACUUAUCAAGAGCCCCGGAAAUCUGCCUCGACAGAAAAUCGAGAAAUUAAGGGUCAUUUUUACGAAAUGAAGCGAGAUCGACGUGUGCGACUUGUAUAGCGUUUCGGCUCGGCCUUCUUGUAAGCGUGACUUGAGAAGCGGCAAGCUGAAAUCUGCCGACCGCAAUGUCAAGCACAAAUACGCACUGCAUCAAGCAAAGUGCAGAGGGAUAAUCGUUUCUAA